CCCCUUCUUUUAAUUGCUUACUUGAUUCACAUUUUGUUUUUUAUUAUUUCAGAGUUUACCUCCUUUUUUUUUUAAACCUUCACAUUUGGUAAGACUCGAAAGCGUUGGAACAUUCUUCUUUUUUGCAUACGGGCGUGCGGCAUGCACAAACGGUUCACUCACUUUGCGAGUUGCCUUCUACAAGCGCAGAUAUUGCGAAGCAACCCACCGACAACUGACCAGAAGGAAAAAAAGGCACAUAAAUAUAUGCACUAAAUAUAUAUUAUAUAUAUAUUAUAUAUUUAUUUACAUUUUUUUUGCGACGUGAGUACGUUCCGCGCGCUUCCCGCUACCCCCUCUGCUUGCGCAAAAAUGGUGAUGAACAAAAUAACCAAGCCCGAUGCACACAAGGGGAAGGAUGAGCUGACGAUGGACAAGGGAGGAAUAUUCGACAAUAUUUUCGAAUGCAUGAAUGAGCAAAUGAACAGAAUUGACAAAUACCACGAGGACAUGAGCAGAAUGAUGAACUCACUGAAAACCCAUUAUUUUAAUGAUGAGCUUUCCAAAUAUUUCCCCAGCAGGAGAUCGCUCUUAGACUUUGAUUUAGGAAAUACCAGAAGCAGCGACAUGUUUUUUGCCAAGCCGCAAUUGCUUUUAAUGGAAGGAUUCAAAAAGCUGCCGCCAAUGGACGUCAUUGAUAAGGACAAAGAAAUUGAGAUAAAAAUGGACGUGCCUGGGUUGAACAAAGAUAAUGUACAGAUUAAUUUGUAUAACAGAAAUUUGGAAGUUAGUGGAGACUUCAAAAAGACGGAAGAGACGAUGGAUGAUAAACAGAGGUAUUAUCUCAAGGAGAGAUCACAGACGUCUUUUUAUAGGUCCUUUCAGCUCCCCGAAAAUGUGUGUGAGGACAAUAUUAAGGCCACCUUUAAAGAUGGGGUUUUAAAAAUUGACAUUCCGAAGAAGGAGGUGCUUCCCGAGAAGAAGAAAAUUGAAAUUCAGUGA